ACCAAAGAGGAAGAAACUUAUGAAUUUUACUUCAAAAUUUUAAUAAUGCUUGCAAACAAAAGUUCUAUUGCGUUUAAAUAUAUAUAUACGCGAAUAAUAGUGACGAAAAAGAUUUCAACAAAUAUAAAGAUUUUUGAACACCUUGGACAUUUGAGAGAACAUUUUAGAAAGGAAGAAGAAAAUGGUGGGGCGGUACCUAUUUUUAAAAAAGUGUUGUUACAUGCAGAUCAUAUUGCUAUUAAAAGUAAUACUACUGAAUAUUCUUACCAACAACUAUAUUUAGGCUCAAAAAAGUUAUCCAUUCAAAUAUCCAACAUAUGUGGUAGUGGUGCAUCAUGUAAUGUUGCAGUUUUUUGUGAAAAUAACGCUUUAUUACCAUUAACGCAAUGGGGCUGUUGGAUGUCUGGACAAGUUUUUAUGCCACUUCUACAUAAAUUUCCAUUUGAAACAUUAAGUUUUAUUAUUGGUGAUUCCAAAUCAAAAAUAAUAAUUUCUGGACAACUAUAUGAAAAGAUAGCUAAGAAGCUUGCUGCAAUGUUUGAUAUACCACUAAUUAUUAUUGAUCACCAUUUUAUACCAGAACACAGCAUAAAUCAUCAUUUUUUGGAAAAGACUUUACUUACGGUCGGCAGUAAUGUUUUUAUAGAAGUGCAGCUAAAAAACCAAAAGGAUGUCGAAUAACACAUAAAAACCUACUCUCGAGAAUAAAGGGAACUUCAAAAGCAUGGGAUUAUAAAUCAAGUGAUGUUUUGCUAAACUUGUUGCCAGUAGAAUACAAUAAUUAUAGCGUACAUUCUAUGAUGUGCUUGCUAAGUGUUG